AUGUCCAGGACAAUGAGGGCAUGUUACCAGCCGCGCAGGGCAUCCUCCCGCCGCCUGGAGAGUCCCUUCUCUUGGGGCUUCCUGGGGAUCCUUUUGCUGGCCCUAGAGCUCCUGCUACCCACAUGCUCAGAUGCCUGUGAUGACCUACUAACAUUCCAAUCUAUGAAACCCAAGGGUUAUCCUGAACCCCCUUAUCAUCCAGGGGACACAGUGGAAUAUGAAUGUCGCCCAGGAUACAAGCAUCGUUUUCCUGUCCUUUCCAUCUCUGCUGUUUGUCAGCCUGACAACACAUGGGCACCUCUCCAGGAGGCCUGUACAAAAAAGUCAUGUCCACAGCUAGAAGAACUACUAAAUGGACAAAUAAAGUACAAAAAUGGAAAUCUGGAGUUUGGUACAGAAGCUCAGUAUGGUUGUAAUGAGGGUUAUUAUUUACAUGGAACAAAAAUUCUACAUUGUGAACUCUCUGGAAAUGAUGUGGAAUGGAGUGAUGCUCCACCGCAUUGUGAAGAGGUUUGGUGUAAACCACCUAAACAAAUACCAAAUGGGAAAUUCACCAACAGCCACAAGGAUAUAUUUGAAUAUAAAGAAGAAGUUAUUUACAGUUGCAAUCCUUCAAAGGGACCAGACGAAUAUUCACUUUUUGGAGAGAGCAGGCUUGUUUGUUCUGGGCUUAACCAAUGGAGCCCUGAUCCUCCUGAGUGUAAAGUGGUCAUAUGUGAAUAUCCAGCGCUGGAGAAUGGGAGACUGGUGUCAACACUUGAAAAGGGAAAAUUUCAGUACAAAUCAGAGGUUACGUUCCAAUGCGAGGAGGGAUUUUACCUUGAAGGCAGCCGCACUAUUGUCUGUGGAGCCAACGGUACUUGGGAGCCUAAGAUCCCAAAAUGUACUGAAGAUGCCUGUGAUGACCCACCAAGAUACCAAUCUAUGAAAAUCAAGGGUAAUCCUAAACCCUCUUAUAAUGCUGGGGACACAAUAGAAUAUGAGUGUCGCCUAGGAUACAAGCGUAUUAUUCCUGUUCUUCCCAUGUCUACUGUUUGUCAGCCCAGUAACACAUGGGUACCUCCUCUCCAGGAGGCUUGUACAAAAAAGGCAUGUCAAAACCUAGGAGACCUCGUAAAUGGCGACGUAGUCUACGCUAAUGGAAGUAUGGAGUUUGGCUCACAAGCUCACUUUAAAUGUAAUGCUGGUUAUUACUUACUUGGACCAAAAAUUGUAUAUUGUGAACUCUCUGGAAAUAAUGUGGAAUGGAGUGAUAAUCUACCACGUUGUGAAAUGGUCAAAUGUACCUAUCCAAAUGUCCCGAAUGGAAGAGUGGUGUCCGGAUUUGGAAAAAAAUAUCUGUACAAAGCAGAGGUUAAAUUCGAAUGCCUUGCAGGAUUUUACCUUGAAGGCAGCAGCACUAUUGUCUGUGGAGCCGACAGUACUUGGAAGCCUAAGAUCCCAACAUGUAUUAAAGUAUAUACCACUUCCGAUGAUGAUACACCAAUUAAAGGCAGUGAUUUAGGUAUUAUUUUGUUAUUAAUAAUCCUCCAUUAUGAGACCUUGGAGUUCUCCAUAGAAAUAUCAUAUUUCAAUUAUCCGUGGUUUGAGAAGAAACAACCUGUCAUGUGA